GUUAUGUUUGGCGAUAAUGCCGUAAUAGAUAUUGGCAUUAAUGACCAACAAAAUCUUCCAGAAAAUGGCGAUUCAAGCAACGCUACGGCAAUCAAACAUUUAAGGAACUUCUCGCGACGCAUGUGUGCGAGUGUUUCUUCUGCAAGUAGAUUUUCGAUGUUGCCGCGAUUUGAAAGUUCCAAUGACGCAAGGUAUGAUAAUUUCAAGACAUGGUCAGGAAAAUUAGAGAGGCAGAUAUCAAAUUUUCGCGGAAAUCCGAUUGAGCUAAAUACUAUCAGUGAUUCACAAGAGACAGAAGCUGAAUCUCUGCCUGCUUUAGACCGUUACUUGGACGCCUUGGAAGGGCCAGAGUUGGACACUUUGAGAGCAUCAGAGAAGCUGGUUCUACCUGAAGAUAAGACAUGGCCAUUUCUACUUAGGUUUCCAAUAUCCUCUUUUGGUAUGUGCCUUGGUGUGGGAAGCCAAGCCAUGCUAUGGAAAGCGUUGGCUUUAUCUCCCACAAUGAGCUUUAUGAAUAUAAGCCUAACAAUCAAUUUGGUCCUUUGGUGCAUUGCAAUUGGAGUAUUUAGCUUGGUGGCCUCCCUUUAUCUUCUUAAGGUCAUAUUUUACUUUGAAGCAGUAAAAAGAGAAUAUUAUCAUCCUGUGAGAAUCAACUUCUUCUUUGCACCAUGGAUUGCUUGUCUUUUUUUCGCAAUAGGUUUGCCCCCACAUGUAGGCAAAAACAUUCCACAAAUAGCAUGGUAUGUGCUCAUGGCCCCAAUACUCUCCCUUGAUCUCAAGAUCUAUGGCCAAUGGAUGUUGGGCGGCGAACGAAAACUUUCGAAGGUGGCUAACCCAUCAAAUCAUUUGGCAGUUGUCGGAAACUUUGUCGGUUCGUUGCUAGGUGCAAGUUUGGGACUUAAAGAAGGGCCUAUAUUUUUCUUUGCUGUUGGUUUAGCACACUACAGUGUGUUAUUUGUUACUUUAUAUCAGAGGCUUCCAACAAAUGAGACAUUAACAAAAGAGCUUCAUCCGGUCUUCUUCUUAUUUAUAGCUGCACCUAGUGUUGCUUGCACUGCAUGGGCUAAAAUUUCUGGUGAAUUUGGUAUUGGUGCAAGGAUUCCUUACUUCAUCGCCAUGUUCCUAUAUUCUUCUCUAGCUGUUCGUGUCAACUUCUUCAGAGGAUUCAGGUUCUCACUAGCAUGGUGGGCUUACACGUUUCCAAUGGCCGGAGCUGCGAUCGCAACAAUCAGAUAUGCAGAACAAGUCAAUAAUCUUAAUUCAAAAGCUCUAGCUCUUACCCUCUCAAUCAUCUCAACAUUUAUAGUAUCAAUUCUUCUGAUCUACACAAUCCUCCAUGCCUUUGUGUUCAAAAGUCUCUUCCCCAAUGACAUUGCCAUUGCAAUUUCGCAUAAGAAAUCAAAAUCAAAAACUAAGCUACAACGUUCCACAUCAAUAGACCUUGAAUCUUGUGAAUCUCCAGUUAAACCAGCACAAUAAUCCGUUGUGGAGUACUAUAAUGCAGUUCUGACAUUUUCUUUGAACUAG